AUGCUGAGCACAGAGCAGGCAAGAGCUGACCUGACCGUGUCCGUGCCGCCCUGGCCACUGGGCAGUAGCGAGGCGCUGGACGUCCGCCUGGGCAGCUGCGAAAGCACCUUGAAUCUGAAGCUGCAGAUCACUUCGGGCACCUUUUGGACCAAGUUUGCACAGUUCUUGCCAGGGGUCAUUGGGAAGCUGCAGAGUCUCGUGAAUGACAAGCUUUCCGAAUACCUCUGUGGCGACGCACUCGUCAGCGUGCAGCACUCGCUCACCGACGUGCUCACCAGGACCUGGGAGGAGUCGAGACUUGCGAACUACUCGCACGAUGCACCGUGGCCAAGACAGAACUGGGUGGAUUGGACGCAGCAUCCACUAACACACGGCAUCGCUGGACUGCAGGAGCAGUUCCUGCAGCCCAAGGGGGUCUACGAGAAACUCGUCGGCAAUCGCUGUAUCGUUGGCGAGGGGCCCACGUGCUACAAGCUCCCAGUUUGCAUUGCGGGCAAUGAGACCCAUUGCGCGAUGGAGACGAAUUCUUCUACAAGCCUGGGUGCAAGUGUCUUCGAAGCUGUUUGGAACUCAAGCGACUUUGAGGUGACCCCGCUUUGGGCACGCAACGCGUCGUUAGCGGCAAACAUCUCGGUAUCUCAGUUUCUUGUCCGGCCGAUCUUCAACAUCUCCUUCAGAGGCCCUGGAAACUCCAGCAGCCCCUUCUCGGAGCUCUUCCGCGUGAACCUGAGCCUCCGGGACGUGAAGCUGGGAGCCAACGUCACUGCCGGUGUGGAUGCGGCGAAAUACAGCAAGGUACCCGGCCCGCAGUUGUACUCGUCAGCGUGCUUCGGGCCUUGCCUUGAAGCUGUGCAAGUGACACGCUUGUUUUCGCAGUUCCAGCUGGAGCAGAUCUCAGUUGGGUCUUUUGCCAAUCAGACACAGCCCACCUUGCUCCUGGGCCUCCUACGCGCCACAUCGCAGCUGCUGGAUCCUCCCGCGGGCACUGCCAACUUCACACAGGAGGUGGUGCAAGGCCUCGUGGAAAAUCGCGUCGCUGCAGCUUGGAACGACAGCCUUGCAGACUGGAUGAAGGGACUGCAGACGCAGGUCUGUCCAGUUCCUCGUGGGCAGGAGGUCUACCAAUACACAGGCCGACGACUUAUCCUGCCAGAGUUUGGUGAGACCUGCUGCUGGAUUGCGCUGGGCACGGCUUUGACCGCGUUACCUUUUGCUAUCUGGUGGAGCUAUCGCAGGCCAUGCCAGUUUUGGUACGCAGAUGCCCUGUGCGAGUCCACCUGCGUGCCAAGAGGGCUAGCUGUGCUUCUGCCCUUGGCCAUUAUUGCUUGUCUCUUCUUCUUGCUGGGGUCAAACUACCUCCUCAUGGCUCAGACCUUUGUGAACCUGGAGGAGGCCCCGAGCUAUAUAUGGAAUGCCUACGCAGUUAUGGUUUACUCCUUGUUCUAUUCCAUCAACGCGCUGUACUACGAGAGUGAUCUCCAAGCAAUGUCUUGGGUGUUGCUAUGCUUUUCCGCGAUCUUACCGUAUGUGAAGCUCAUCCUUAUGAUGGUCAGCUGGAUCAUGCCGUCCAGAUUCCUUCCUGUACGUCUUCGCAAUUUUAUCCUUGUGCUGAUGGACGACAUUGGAAAGUUCUCGCUCGUGGACGUCUUCACCGUCCAAUUUCUCAGCGGCGUUUUUCAUCUCGAGAUCAUGGGCACGUCUCCAUCGUCUAAGCCGUCCUCGGAUCCCAUGCGGAUGGUCUUGAGAACCAACGAGGAGCUAGGUUUCGCAGCUUUCGUUUGCGCCACGGUGGUGUCACUCAUCAUCGGCCAUCUUUGCAGGCACUACCACGAGAAGAGUGUUUCCUACGAGCGGCCCGAUUGCAGCAACGGGGACGUGGAGCUGCAGUCGCAGGUAGCGACAUUCGACCAUCCGCUGUCAGGGCCGUCUGCAAACUCUCCACCCAGAUGCAGCUGGCAAGAGGCCAUCGUGGGGCCCUUGCUGUUGCUGGCAUUGACCCUGGCCAUAGUAGGCUGCUCCAUGACAGCUUUUUCCGUUCACUUGCGCUGCAUCUUCGGGCAUCUGGGCGAAUCCCAGUUUUCCCUCUUCCAGUUCGCUUACAGCCUGCCAAGCUUUUCAGAGCAUCCAAUCGCGUGGCCGACCCUUUUCAAUCAGUUCACCUUCGUUCUCUUUGCGAUCGGCGUCAACUUCUUGCAAUUGCUCCUUCUGCUUCUACUCUGGUAUUGGAGAGUACCAAAGCUCAAGCAUGUCGAUUGGAGGGCGGUGGCGCACUGCCUCGGGGCCUGGUCCGCGCUGGAUGUGGCCUUGAUCAGCAUGAUCAUCACCAUGCUGGAGUUGGGGGCAUCAGACUUCAUCCAUCUCUGGCCCGAUCAGAAGGAGAAGAUGUCUCGAAGGCAUCGCCUUUGA